AUGAAAUAUUUAUUAACUCUGAGGGAUCGAGAUGUCAUCCAGUCAGUCCUGGUGAGUCUCUCCCUCGCCGUGCACGCGAAGAUGAACGCUUUCCUCCUCCUUCUACCCUUCUUUUUCGCCACCCUCCAUGUUUCCCACUCUGGCGUGUUUUUCCCCGAUGAGGAAGUCUCGCCGAAGACCGACGAGGUCAAUCAGCCGACGCCGCUGAAGGUCGUUGCUAAGGAAAAGACGACGACGACGACCGCACCGCCCAAGAUCGUUACAACAGAAAAGACGACAACGAACGCACCACCUAAGACCACGGAAAAGACAACGACGAACGCGGACGAAGGAGGAAAGAAACCCCCGGUGGUAACGAUCGAUAUCCCAUCGUGUCCCUGUCCAGAAACCAACUGCACGUGCGAGGAAUCACCCAACAACAGCAUCGACAGCAGAAACAUCAUCGGGACGUGUCAGGGCUCGAAUCGACACUGUUACGAACCUUUGGAAGUGGGACCUUGUCCCGAGGGGUAUCGACUGGAAUUGACCGAAGUCCAACAGAAUAAUACGGAAAAUAACACGACGGAGACUGUCGUGUUAUUGAAAUGCAAAAUUCCGUCGUGCCCAGAAGCUGACUUCGUCCAAUGGGGCAAUGGGACAUGCGUGGAAAAGGUAUCCAAGGAACUCUGCCCAGAGGGUUGGUACCCCGCUGAGAAUUCAUAUGGGGUUGCCGAAUGCGAAUGCGAUUUGAACCGAGUCUAUUGGCCCGGCGACAAGCAAUGCCAUGAACUCUACAAGCAGGGACCCUGCGAAAAAGGGAAGGCGCUGGUCGUGAAUGGAAUCACAAAUACGAUCGAGUGUCAAGAAACUAUCUGCAAGGAUGGAGAAGCGAUAUGGCCUCAGGAUCAACAGUGUUAUACACUUUUGACCCCGGGACCAUGUGAUGGCGGGACAUUCGAGCUGGACGAAGACACGUUUCAGCCGAAAUGCGGAAAUGCCACAACAGAGUACCAAGUCAUCACGGCCAAAGACAAACCUUGUCGGGCUGGUUCCUUCCGCGACCAUUUGGUUAGUUCCCCGCCACCCUUUUCUUCCUUCCCCUGA